CUUCUUCUUUUGACAUUCCUAAAUAAGUCCAGUGUCAGAACCAGGGAUCAAAUCACCAAAAAUCAGCAAAUUACUGAUUGCAAACCUGAAACCCUACAAACUGCUGGAGUGCCCUGAAAUGCAGUUCUCAACUUCCCAAGCAUCCUGCAACUGCAUCAGUUUGAUGCUGUGAAGAUUCUGACAGUUGGAAUCGGACAAACAGUAUGGAUUUCGAGGAAUUCCGUAAAAGGGGUAAAGAGAUGGUGGAUUAUAUCAUAGAUUACCUAAAAUUCAUUGAGCAGCGAGCUGUUUACCCAGCGGUGCAGCCCGGGUACCUGCGAUCGCUAAUCCCAGACAGCGCGCCCCAGGAACCAGACAGCUUCGAGGAUCUGAUGUGGGACAUCGAAAGAGUCAUUAUGCCCGGGGUGACCCACUGGCAAAGUCCUCAUUUCCAUGCCUAUUUCCCUGCUGCCUGUUCUUUUCCUGGCCUUCUGGGUGAUAUGUUAUCUGGUGCUAUUGGCUGUAUUGGGUUUUCCUGGGCUGCAAGCCCUGCAUGUUCAGAGUUGGAAAUUGUGAUGCUUGACUGGUUGGGGAAGAUGCUGAAUCUGCCUGAAGAAUUUCUGGCUGUGACUGGUCAUGGAGGUGGUGGAGUAAUACAGGGCACAGCCAGUGAAAGUACACUUGUGGCGCUUCUUGCUGCAAGAAAGAAGAUGAUUACACAAAUGCAAGAAAAGUAUCCUGAUCUUGAAGAAGUCACGAUUAUUUCAAAGCUUGUGGCUUACACAUCAGAGCAGUCCCACAGUUCUGUUGAACGAGCAGGGUUGAUUGCUAGUGUCAAAAUGAGAAAAUUACCUACCGAUGAGAAAUUCGUUCUCCGUGGGGAGGCACUAAAACAAGCUUUGGAAGAAGAUAAAGCCUUAGGUUUCAUCCCUUUCUUUCUUUGUGCAACACUUGGCACCACUCCCUCCUGUGCAUUUGAUAACAUUGUGGAACUUGGACCAUUAUGCACUUCUGAAAAUAUGUGGAUGCACAUUGAUGCUGCCUACGCAGGAAGUGCUUUUAUCUGUCCAGAGUUCAGACCUCUUUUAAAUGGAGUGGAGUUUGCAGAUUCUUUCAACUUUAAUCCUCAUAAAUGGCUUUUGGUGAACUUUGAUUGCUCUGCCAUGUGGGUGAAGAAAAGAUCAGAACUUAUUGGAGCUUUUAAAAUGGAUCCCCUUUACCUAAAGCACGAUCAUCAGGACUCUGUACUCAUCACUGAUUAUAGGCAUUGGCAGAUUCCCCUUGGACGCAGAUUCCGUUCUUUGAAAAUGUGGUUUGUGUUCAGAUUAUACGGAGUAAAAGGACUUCAAGAACAUAUACGUAAGCAAGUGAACCUGGCACAUGAGUUUGAGAGCUUAGUACGUCAAGAUGAACAGUUUGAGAUUGUGAAUGAUGUCAUACUAGGACUGGUGUGCUUCAGAUUGAAGGGCUCAAAUGAUCUUAAUGAAAAUCUCAUCAAAAGAAUAAAUGAAAUGAGAAAGAUUCACAUUGUACCUUGCCAACUUCAAGACAAGUUUGUCCUCCGUUUUGCUGUAUGUGCACCUACAACUGAAAGUAAACACAUCCAGUAUGCCUGGCAGCAAAUAAAGGAGAUUGCAACACAACUUCAGCAAGGCCAUCAGUAAUAUGAAUCUUCUGUAUAGUGGUAUACUUCACUGUAUUGGAUAUGUGUGCUCAAUUAAUAUAUUUUUAUUUUUACGAUUUUUGGUGCUGGUUUUCCGGAUCACAGAAUAAUGUAGACAAUAAUACCCAAGCACUAUAUC